CGUGGUUUCCGGAGCGGAUCGGAACCCGGAGCGCGGAUCCGAUCCGGGCUCUGGCCAUUCCCGGGGCAGGUUUAAAAAAUGGCAGAAGAUGGCAGUGAUGAGAUUAUGUUUAUUUGGUGUGAGGACUGUGGGCAGUACCAUGAUUCAGAGUGUCCUGAGCUGGGCCCAGUGGUGACAGUCAAAGACUCCUUUGUCUUGAGCAGGGCAAGGUCAUCUCUGCCUCCUAAUUUGGAGAUAAGACAACUGGAAGAUGGGACUGAAGGAGUGUUUGCUCUGACCCAGCUGGUGAAACGCACCCAGUUUGGCCCAUUUGAAUGCAAGAGGGUUCUCAAGCUGGAAAAAGACACAGAUUUUCCCCUGAAGGUGUUCCAGAAGGAUGGGCCCCUGGUGUAUUUUGACACCACAAACGAGGACGAUUGCAACUGGAUGAUGAUGGUGCGGCCAGCCACCGAGUACGAGCAUCAAAACUUAACUGCCUUCCAGCAGGACAAUGACAUUUACUUCACCACCUGCCAGGACAUCCCACCAGGGACUGAGCUGCGAGUGUGGUAUGCAGCUUUUUACGCCAAAAAAAUGGAAAAGCCAAUGCUGAAGCAGGUCCCUAGUGUUGCCAAUGAUAUGUGCUUGGCAGCAAUGGAAUCUGAUAAAGAGGCAAAUAAGGUCUCUUCAAAACCUUCUUCUGCUGUCUUACCCCAUAAAAAAACGAAAAAAUCCGGUAUAUCAGCAGCUGAUCCAGCAGUGAACACUCCAGAAGGCAGUGGAACAGCAGAAGCAAAGCCCAUCCAGUGGACGUGUAAAGUGUGUUCAUUUGCUUUCCAAGAGCCUCAGCUGCUGACAGAGCACUUGCUGAGUCACCUGGAACAAGCCAAAGGUGCCCCCCAACCCAGCCCAAAUGAUGCUGUGGCAGAGAAGGCAGCAGAGGCUCUCCCCACGGACCAGCCAGUGCCCAGUGAUGCAGCCAGUGCCAGCACAGACUCCAGGAGAAAGGCCAGGAGGGGGAGAAAGGCCAAAACAGCAAAAGCAGAAGCACCUCUUGUCAUUGAUGAAGAGAAAGAUCCUACAGUGGAACACGUGGCCGACGUUGUAACUGAGGUCCCUGCAGAAGAGGUAGCCCUGCCUCCACCUGCAGAGGAGAGGAUUAUGGAUUUGGUUUUAGGAAAGAUGCCUGGCACCACAAAUAGCAUCAGUUCAGUGACAAAUAGGUUUGCUCAUCACCAAAACACCAUGUCCCUCAAAAGAAGUUUAAUUCUCUCUAGUAGACACAGGAUGCGGCGGAAGCUGAUAAAGCAGCUUGGGGAGCACAAGCGGGUCUAUCAGUGCAGUAUCUGCAGUAAGAUCUUCCAGAACAGCAGCAACCUCAGCAGGCACAUCCGUUCUCACGGUGACAAACUGUUUAAAUGUGAGGAAUGUUCAAAGCUGUUCAGCAGGAAGGAGAGCUUGAAGCAGCACGUUUCAUACAAGCACAGUAGAAACGAAGUUGACAGUGAGUACAGGUACAAAUGCAACACCUGUGAAAAGGCCUUUCGGGUAGAGAGUGCACUGGAAUUCCAUAACUGCAGGACAGAUGACAAGACUUUCCAGUGUGAGAUGUGUUUCAGAUUCUUUUCCACAAACAGCAACCUUUCAAAACACAAGAAAAAGCAUGGGGAUAAGAAGUUUGCCUGUGAAAUCUGCAAUAAGAUGUUCUACAGGAGGGAUAUCAUGCUAGACCAUCAAAGAAGACACUUGGGAGGGGUGAGGCGUGUGAAAAGAGAAGACUUUGAGCACAGCACGGAGAACAUGGUUCGCUACAAGAAGGAGCCUUCGGGGUGCCCCGUGUGUGGGAAGGUAUUUUCAUGUAGGAGCAACAUGAACAAACACCUUCUAACACAUGGAGACAAGAAAUACACUUGUGAAAUCUGUGGACGUAAAUUUUUCAGGGUGGAUGUGUUGAGAGAUCAUAUUCAUGUCCAUUUUAAGGACAUAGCCCUCAUGGAUGAUCACCAGAGAGAAGCGUUCAUUGGUAAAAUUGGAAUCUCAUCAGAGGAAAAUGAUGACAACUCUGAUGAAAGUGCAGAUUCUGAGCCUCACAAGUAUAGCUGCAAAAGGUGCCAGCUGACUUUUGGCAGAGGGAAGGAGUACCUGAAGCACAUCAUGGACGUGCACAAGGAGAAGGGCUACGGCUGCAGCAUCUGCAACCGGCGCUUUGCCCUGAAGGCGACGUACCACGCGCACAUGGUCAUCCACCGGGAGAACCUGCCUGACCCCAAGGUGCAGAAAUACAUCCACCCAUGUGAAAUCUGUGGAAGGAUUUUUAACAGCAUAGGAAAUCUGGAAAGACAUAAGCUUAUACAUACAGGUGUAAAAAGUCAUGCUUGUGAGCAAUGUGGCAAAUCAUUUGCUAGGAAAGACAUGUUAAAAGAACAUAUGCGGGUCCAUGAUAAUAUCCGAGAAUACUUGUGUGCAGAGUGUGGCAAAGGGAUGAAGACAAAACACGCUCUUCGUCACCACAUGAAACUUCACAAAGGAAUUAAGGAAUAUGAGUGCAAGGAAUGCCACCGAAAGUUUGCACAGAAGGUCAAUAUGCUGAAGCAUUACAAAAGACACACAGGAAUCAAAGAUUUCAUGUGUGAGCUCUGUGGCAAGACGUUCAGCGAGAGAAACACAAUGGAGACCCACAAGCUCAUUCAUACAGUAGGAAAACAGUGGACGUGUUCAGUGUGUGAUAAGAAGUAUGUCACCGAUUACAUGCUGCAGAAGCACAUCCAGCUCACUCACGAUAAGGUGGAAGCCCAGAGCUGUCAGCUGUGUGGGACAAAGGUUUCCACGAGAGCCUCCAUGAGUCGGCACAUGAGGCGUAAACAUCCAGAGAUCCUUUCAGUGAGGAUUGAUGAUUUAGAGCAGCUGCCAGAGACAACAACCAUUGAUGCCUCUUCGAUUGGGAUUGUUCAGCCGGAAUUAGCCUUGGAACAGGGAGAAUUACCAGAAGGGAAACAGCACAUAAAAGCUCCUAAACGUGGCCAGAAACGAAAACAAAAGUCUGGUGAGGAGGAGGAAGCUCAAGUGCCUGAGGACCCUGCCUUCAGUGAAUACACAGAGAAGGAAGGUGAAUUCACAGGGAAUGUUGGAGAUGAGACUAAUUCAGCUGUACAGAGCAUCCAGCAGGUGGUGGUGACCCUCGGCGACCCAAACGUCACAGCCCCUUCCAGCUCUGUGGGGCUCACAAACAUCACCGUCACCCCCAUCACGACAGCAGCUGGGACCCAGUUCACAAACCUCCAGCCGGUGGCCGUGGGCCACCUGACUGCCCCGGAGCGCCAGCUGCAGCUGGACAACUCCAUCCUCACCGUCACCUUCGACACCGUCAGCGGCUCCGCGAUGCUGCACAACCGCCAGAGCGACGUUCAGAUCCAGCCCCAGCCAGAGGCAGCCAACCCCCAGUCCGUGGCCCACUUUAUAAACCUGACCACCCUGGUGAACUCCAUUGCUCCUCUGGGGAACCAGAUUUCGGAACAGCACCCCCUGACGUGGAGGUCGGUGCCUCAGACUGAUGUCCUGCAGCCCCAGGCACCGGCGACACAACAGCAGCCGGGGCAGCAGCCGGUUCAGACAGAGCAGCAGCAGCAGCAGAUGUACAGCUACUAAUUUAUAACUUUUGGGAAGUUUUGAAAAUGGACCUUACUCAGAGACAAAAAAAAAAAAAAAAAAAAAAAUUGGAGAAUUUCUAAUAGGAUUGUUUGCUGGAUACCAAACAGAGACGGGAAAAUGUUUAUGCAGUGAGGUGUGAGGUAAAAUUGGCGCAGCAACACCCUGCAGCACCCCUGAUCUGAGGUUCUCAUGCUGUCUCUCUAGACCUUGCACUGUCUUAACAACAAAAAAAAAGAAAAAAAAAAAAAAAAAAAAAGAAAAAAAUCUCAAAAUCUCACCACAAAUUCAGCAUCCCCUUGCACUUGUGCAGUAAGAUUGAGAUUUGACAGGUGCAUCAUUAUACACCUUAACCAAAGCAGGGAGAUCCUAAAUAUUGCGGCACUUGUGAUGUACAAAACCCUUUCAGCCAUACCAUGUCACUUCUCUCCAGUCUGGAAGUGAAAUAUGAAGACCUUGUUCACAGUGAGUGGAAUGUACUUGUGGUCAGCUGGUAGAGACUGAAAUGUGAAGACACAAACGGGCAAAACA